CGUUCUUAUCGGAACUGCACGGGAGAUAAAAUGGGACCUAUUCGUAAGUUAGAGGAUGGGAAAGAGCAGGUGUGCGAGAUCCUCUUUGCGCAACGCCGUUCUCCGGUUGGGGCUAGUCCAUCGAAGAUGCAUGGGAUCCUGGUUUCCGUCGUUCUCGUCUGCCUGCCUGCAGCUCUUUCCUCCGCCACCCCUCUCUACUUCUCCCUCAACAACCUCAGGAAAUACCGUCUUUACGAGAAUGGAUUGGCGAAGAUGGAGAAGCACGCUUUCCUGGAACGAACGUUCCGUCCGUUUCAAUCGGAUCCCCCCAGGUUCCCCUACUACGUGGAACUUGCUCUGGAACGGAACACCGUCGACUUCUUCCUCAAACAGGGGAAGAAAGGACUGGAGAUGAAGUUGGAGAUACUGGAGAAGGUGGGGGAGGAAGUGGAUUUGGAAAUGAAGAAGCUGAUGGGGGUCUUCGCCUUCAUUCAGGCAUCUCAGGACCACCUCCACCUCAAGGUCAGGCUUUUCCUCUCCGCCCUUCAAGGCCUUCUUGCUGCCAUCGGGAUCGAGAAUGACGGCCGAGGGAAAUCCCUGAUGGAGUUGAAGAGGGUGCUAACAUGGGAUGGGAUGGAGCAGGAACUUCUAAGAGCCAUGACGGACGAGGAGAUAAUGAACUUCCUCACCGAGCUCUGCAAACCCUUCGCCCCUGGAUUUCCCGAGUUCUGGCCCAACCUCAAGGCUUCCACCCCGGAACAGAGACGACGAGUGAUAGAAAGCCUUGCGAAUCGCAGGGGAUUCGACGAAGUCUGGGGCGCCAUCGCUGACAUCUACGGGGAGUCUGUCAAAUGGAUCAAGGACCAAUUCCCCGCCUUCGGGGACUGGCUCCACGAUAUGUACCAGCAGUGCCUCGAGGAUCUGGACGGACACCUGAAGGCGCUUCAGGAAGUCCUCAAGGAGCUCAUCCAGCACUUCGAGAACCUUGCGGCUGACGUCCUCUACGAGGCCGUGGAGUUCUUGUCUCCCUUCCUCGAGUCAUUCGGCGAACUCCGCGAUACCUUCGAAGAUCUCGUGCAGGAUCUCUUGCCUCGCCUUGCCUUCCAUGGACGCAUCGGGAUUUGAACCGAAUGAGGAAUAAAGCGCGUCGUCGAAACAUCA